AAUCAGCAGCAGCAGUCUUAUCUGUGGGCCGCAGGGGCUGAUGGGAGCUUUGAGGACCUGUUAGAAACCACGUGGCCCUCGUCUGAUCUCACAGCUCGUCCUUGUUUGGCCUCAGCUGCAUCAGAGCGCCACUUCUCCCCAGGUUCACCAGAGGAAACACCACUGCACAAAAUGCUUUUCCUCCCAGCUGCUGCUCUGUGCUGUCUGUGUUCAGCACUGGUUACCGUGACAGCAGAACAGCUGAUUCAGGACGAUUUAACAUUGACCAGGAGAGUUGGAGAAAGUGUCUCCUUCAGCUGUGGAGGGACUGAACAGUGCGAUCGUGACUGGAUAUACUGGUACCAGAAAAAAGAAAAUGAAACAUUCAAAGUGAUACUUGAUAUUGAUAAAACAAAUGGUGACAUUGAUAAAACAUAUGGUCAUCCUCAGAAAGAUGAUUUCUCAGCUCAGAAUAAACAGAACGGCUGUGAGUUGAAGAUCAAAAAAAUUAAACGCGAUCAUUCAGCCACCUACUAUUGCUUCUGUUGGUCCGCAGGUGAUGGCUACCCCAUCUUUGGCUCUGGAACUAAACUGUCUGUAACAGAUGAGCAGGUAGUGAAGCCCGUGGUGAGCGUGUACCCAGCAGCAUCCAGAGCCCACCUGGAGGGGAACAGCUCCCUGCUGUGUGUGGCCUCAGCCAUGUUUCCUCCUCUGGUCCAGUUCUCCUGGAAAAGACAGAAGAAGAACGGCGGAGAAGCGGAGGAGCUGCCCCCUGCUGAGGGAGAGCAGCUGGAGCUCAGAGAGUCGGGACGCACCAUUGCCAUCAGGAUGGUUGAUGGGAGUGAUUCUGACACAUAUAAAUACAGCUGCUGGGUGAAGCACGAGGGGGGCACAGUGGAGGCCCAAACACAACAAGAGGUUCCAGCUCCAGCAGCCUCCUGUCCUCCAGAGAGAGAGCCAGCAGACCUGCCAGCUCUGCAGCCAGCUGACUUGUCCUUCCAGUCUCAGUGCAGGGUGAAGCUGCUCUGCCUGCUGUACACAGUGCUGAUAGUGAAGAGUCUGGUGUACUGCUGUGGACUCUCUCUGCUGAUGAUCCUCACAAACAAGGGAGCGUCCACCAACUGCACACAUGCUGACUGACUGUUUUCUGCUCGCCUUUUCUCACCAUCAGAUUUCCUCGAGUCAGCAGUCAGAAAUGUAAACUAACUUCUGCUCCGUUCAAUGUUUCUUUAUCCAGCAUUUGACCUUUUCAGAUGUAAAAAUCUUAAACCAUCCAAUAUAUAAAAUAAGUAUUGAACACAUCACCAAUUAUUAAAAGUAAACAUAUUCUAAAAGUUAUAUUGAUAUGAAUUUCUCAACAGAUGUCAGUAACAACCUGUUCACAGAUGCAAAGAAAUAAAUCAGCAGACUUUCAUAAAUUAGGUUAUGUAUAAUAAUAAGAAAUGGGAAAGUAUUGAACGCACAAAGAACAGGGGCUGCAAAAAAGUAUGGAAAGUCAUGUCACCACCUGAGAUGUAUCAGUAAUUAGAAAUCAAUCCUGCCACUUAUCAGCUUGUUCAGCUCAACUGAUGGAUUAUAAAAAUGUGUCUCAUUACCAGGGUGUUAAAAGUGUUCAUAAUUUCAGGUCUGUCACAGCACUUAGAAAUAUAUUUAUAAAACUCGACUUGUUCAAUGUUUAUUUUACCAGCUGUAAUAAAAGUGUUUGAUGUGUUUGUGUGUAAAGCAUAGAUUAUUUUUGUUAAGUUAUUAUUUUUCAGCUGUGUAGGAAAUCUCAGUUAAUGCAUUCAGA